AAGUCAUAGAAUGUUUUACAUUUUUUUAUUACACGUUUCGAAAAUAAUAACAUUAUAACGCUUUUAUAACCUUUGAGAAUGAAUGCGAGGGAAAUUUCAGAUGUGGAGAGUGUAGCUAAGCUGAAAGAUCGCCUGCAGAAGGAUAUUUAUGCGUGCGAUCUACGUUUGAGUAUCUUUUUUGCGGCCUUAACUAGUUAUAAACGGUCGUCAGUCUGCAGACCUGUACCAGCGAAGUUUGUUAAAGAGGAGGUCGAUUACGACUCUAUGCUGAAGUUUUUCAAAAAUAUACCACCUUUAACUGAAGUAUUAGAAAAUAUUGACACCAUCACAAGCGAUCAGAGAGAGCUGUUAAAUUGGGCAGUAGAUGAAAGACAGUACUCUUUGCAAUCUCGACCAUCCUCAUUUUUCCCUACUGUUUCUAUGCUUUGCGGCCAGAUUCAAUCAACCAUUAAACCCGAUUUUAUCUUUGAAGUUACUUAUUCUCCAAUAGUACAACAAAAGUUUAAUAACUUAGCUCGGGAUCACCCAACUGUAUUUGCUUAUCAUGGUAGCAGUUUAGAAAAUUUUCACUCGAUUACGCAUUAUGGAUUACAAAAUCAUUUGAAUAAGACCUCUCUUUUUGGAGAAGGUACCUAUUUAUCAACUGAACUACACGUCUGCUUGAACUUUUCUUCUGUCUUUCAUAUUCUGCGCGAGAAUCUAAUCGGAAAACGAUUACGAUGUAUUGCCGUAUGCGAAGCAGUCGACAAUCAUGCGUGGGUUAAACGAGGCGAAACUAAUAAAACGAAGGUUCCGGAAAAGUACCUGGUGGCAACCAACAACGAAGCGGUAAUAAUUCGCUAUUUACUUAUCUACAAAUACGAUAAAGGAAAGAAAUGGGGAUCGUUUUGGUUAAUAAUUUUUGGAUAUUGCUUAAUACUUUUAGCAAUUGCUUUGUACAAUUCGUCUAUUUUCAAGCGUAACUUCUAA